CUGACAUUUCAUCCUCGCCAUUUUGCAAUGUGGGAGAAAGAGAGAGAAUCCACUUUUUUAUUGCUAACAAUUAAAACGAAGCCGGUUUUAUGUGUUGAGGACAAAGAGCGUCGAGCCUUUCCGUGUCUGUCAUGGAGGAGGCCAGCAAUGUAGCCUCCACCCCGUCAGCGCGGGACGCCUCGCAGGCCUUUCAGCAGAAACACGCCGCAGACUCGCUCAUACAGGUGAUCGAGAAGCUCAGCAAAAUCGUGGAGAAGCGGCCGCAGCGCCGCUGCACUUUGGCGGCCCAGAAAAGAGCCCCCUCUAAAGGUGCGGAGGAUGGGCCCAGAGGGAGCCGAGGAGGCUCCCCCUUUAGGAAAACGAGGAGAAACUGUGAGGAGGAGGCGGUGCGAUUAGAUGGCGGCGCAGCCGUCUCCCCGCCCGGGGACAGCAACAAGCGCAGCACCGCCUCCGCGGCGACGGAUUCAGCCGGCGAGGCCGACGCCAGCCACAAGCGGAUGGUGACGUGCUAUCAGUGCAGCCUGUGUCCGUUCCUCUCCCAGACGCUGCCCCUGCUCAAAGAGCACCUAAAGCAUCACAACGAGCAGCACAGCGACCUCGUCCUCAUGUGCUCCGAGUGUCGCUUCACAUCCAGGGACCAGGACCAGCUGGAGGCCCACGUCAGGCUGCACAUUGACACCGUUAAGGAGGAGUGCGACUGGGGCGGCGGCGGCGGCGUUGAUGGCGGCGUGGCCGUCGAGGCGAUGAAAAGCUCUCCGGACGGUCCCAGGGAGCUGCCGCAGAAGAAGAAGUGGUACAGCUACGAGGAGUACGGCCUGUACCGCUGCCUGAUCUGCAGCUACGUGUGCAGCCAGCAGCGGAUGCUCAAGACCCACGCCUGGAAGCACGCCGGCCUGGUCGACUGCUGCUACCCCAUCUUCGAGGAUGAAGACGGGGCUCCGAGGAGGGAGGCUCACGCCGUAGCCAACGCGCGGGCAACCAGGGAGGAAGUGGUCGAGAAGCAGCUGCCCCCCGGCUUCAAGCUCCAGCUCUGCGUGCCGAUGGACGCCGAGAGCCGACGCGACGCGCUGAACCCCCCCGCCUCUGGUCUCAGCCCGAAGACGGAGGAGGAGCGCGCGUACCCCAUCAAAGACAUGACCUCCGAGGAGACGGUGGUAGAGGUGCAGGUGACUACGGAGGCGGAGUCCGAAGCGGAGAGCGACGGCACCCCUGUGACGGACAGCUUACUGUCGUCGGCUCAGAAGAUCAUCAACAGCGGUCCCAACAACGCCGGCCACAUCAACGUGAUCGUGGAGCGGCUCCCCUCGGCCGAGGAUUCGCUCAUGGCGACGAACUCGCUUCUUCUCAGCCCGGACCUGGACAGGGACAAGAACAAGGGCUUAACGUGUGCAAAGGAGGAAGAGCAGAGGGCUGCCGAGGGGGAGGCGCCCCCCCCCGACGGCCAUCCUUUAGGAGCUGACGUUAAACCCGCUGUGGGUAGCAAUUCUCCGCGGGACGAGAACAUUCCCCCUGCCGGUCGCACGCGGACACACUCCGAGUCCCUGCGCCUACACUCUCUGGCGGCCGAGGUCCUGGUCGCUAUGCCCAUGAGGACCCCCGAGCUGCUCACCUCCAGCUCCAAGGUAAGCCUGAAGAGCGCCACAGCCCAGGCACAGAGCCCCAACUCGGGCUUCAAACCCACGGAGGCCGGGCAGAGGACUUCAGACGCAGAGACAACCGCGGCUCUUCGGGACCUGGAGCUUCACGGCGGGGGCAGAGAGGAAGAGUUGGCGUCCCUGUGCCUAGGGGAGGGGGAUGAGGAGGGGCCCGCCGCCAAAGCCGGCAUCAGCCUGUCGCUGCUCACCGUCAUCGAGAGGCUUCGCGAGCGCUCGGACCAGAACGCCUCCGACGAGGACAUCUUAAAGGAGCUUCAGGACAACGCGCAGUUUCACAAGGGUGGCGUCACGGGGGGCGGAGCCGGGGGCCACGUGUGUGGCCUCUCGGGAAUGGACGGGCUGGCUGCAUCCGCCGACGGCGGCCUGGUGGACUACAUCGCAGGCAGCGAGCGGCCGUACCGCUGCCGCCUGUGCCUCUACAGCAGCAGCAACAAGGGCUACAUCAAGCAGCACCUGCGGGUGCACAGGGAGCGCAAGCCGUACCAGUGUCCCAUCUGUGAGCACAUCGCCUCGGACAGUCAGGACCUGGAGAGCCACAUGAUGCACCACCGUAAGACCCGGAUGUACCAGUGCAAGCAGUGCUCGGACGCCUUCCACUACAAGAGUCAGUUAAGGAAUCAUGAAAGGGAGCAGCACAGCUUCAGCGUGGACAUGGCGGCCCUCACACCGGUCUCUGAGACUGCGGGCGUGGUGGAGGAAGCGGAGCAGGUGACGGAUGAAGAGGGCGGUUUACAGAAGAUGUAUAAGUGCGACGUGUGCAACUACACCAGCUCUACGUAUGUCGGGGUGAGGAACCACCGCCGGAUUCAUAACUCCGACAAGCCUUAUCGGUGCUGUAGCUGUGAUUAUGCCACCACCAACAUGAACAGUUUAAAGGGCCACAUGAGGAGGCACCCUCAGGAGCACCAGGCCGUGCAGCUGCUGGAGCAGUACAGAUGCUCUCUGUGUGGCUAUGUCUGCAGCCAUCCCCCGUCCCUCAAAUCCCACAUGUGGAAGCAUGCCGGAGACCAGAAUUACAACUACGAGCAAGUUAACAAAGCCAUUAACGAGGCCAUCUCCCAGAGCAGCCGAGCUCCCCAGAAGUUGUCGGCGGUGCUGGAGCCGGUGGCAGAGCGCCCCCCGGUGUCUCUGCCCUCUAAGGACAACGCCCGGGGCCCUGUGGAGCCCCCCGCCACCAACACGGCGGCUCCCAGCGUGGCCUCGGACGGCUCGGCCGAAAGCUCACAGACCCCCCAGGGGAAGGAGCACGUGCGGCACCAGAGCCGGCCGCGCACCAGUCAGACCCCGGCUCAGGGCCCGGCUCAGGGCCCCGCUCAGGGCCCCGCCAUGGAAUACUGCGUCCUGCUGUUCUGCUGCUGCAUCUGCGGCUUCGAGUCCACCAGCAAAGAGCGGCUGAUGGAGCACAUGAAGGAACACGAGGGGGACAUAAUCAGCAUCAUCCUCAACAGGGAGCAGCAGCAAGCAGAGGCACAAACAGCCGAGUGAGACAACCACCCCCCCCCCGACCCUUUUUAUAUUAACAUUAACAUUUCACGUCUGCUGUGUGUCACAAUGACCUCUGGUCAGGUGGUAUCAAAGGCUCGAGGCUGCGUCUAACGCAAGACACCCAAAAGAGGUGGCGAGGAAAGUGAUGAAAUUAUUUUCUAAGCGUAAUAGAAAAAAAGAAAUCAAAUCGGUAUCUCAAGUUGAAAUGAUAGACGCAGAAUGUGUCAAAGAGGAAGAGACAAAGUUCUCACGACACAAGCACCAAGCUCAAAGUUCUCAAUACACGGGGACAAGUUCAUACCUCACAACAACCACACGAGCCCUCACCAGAAAUGGAAACAAACAUAUUUUCCAGUCUAAUUCACAUGCAUUGACCAUAAGGCAGCUCUUUAUUGCUACUGUAAUAUUUAAUGUAUUUUAUCAGUUUGUAAACUAGUUCAGGAGAUGCCUAAAGGCUUGUAUCAUUUGAAUUAUCAGUCUUGUUAUGUAUGCAUGUUUCCGUUUAUGCCAAGUUAUAGCGGUAUAUGUUAUUAUAAUAUUAUUCUUUGCAUUUCUCCUGUACGACUUUGUUUAAUUUUACUUGUAGGAUGGGAAAAGUAGUGUCUGCGGAGGAGGCGGUUCUCUACUCAAAGGAGGCGACCAAGUGUUUGUUGUCGGGUCACGUUGACAAAAGGACUGAUGAAAAGGGAAAGUGGCGUCGGCGGUGAUCUCUGAUGAGCGCUGCCUCCACGUUUGGAAGCAGCGAUGUGGGGCUACUUGUGAUUAUGAUGCCAGGCUCACGCUCAUUAAAGGCCAUCGUCGCUUUGUUUAAGGCCAUGAAAUUGAUGCUGUAUUAUAAGAACAUUUUUUAACACCUAAGCUCGUUGUUCCAGUGUCAAGGCUAACAAACAGGUCUGAAAUAUGAAGACUUGGGUGCAGCAGGUCCCUCCAUGUGCUCUGAUGUGGGAGGCGGGAGUGUAACGUAAUGUAAUGUAAUGAGGGUAAAGCUUUGUGUUAAUGCUGAUCGAUGGGCUCAAUGUGCAGGUAGCAUGUGGCUUUUUCUUGACAGUAGAAAAAAAGUGAGGUUUAAAACAAAACAAGUGACACAAUAAAAAGUGACCGAGGUAGAGACCCAUCAGCAAUGUGCUCAUUGCUGCUGGCUGGGUAGAAAGUGCAGAAAAGACUUAUCUGAUAUCACUAUCUGUAGGUGUCCCUGGGGUCAUGUUGACCACUACUGUAGUGAUACACUGACCAUGCUCAAAAACAUCCAACCCAUCCCCCGGAAUGUGAAAUCAGGCACCAGUAUGUGACCAGGCCAGUAAGGGCAUUAAGAUCAAAUGGGUUAUCCAUAAACCACAAGCCCUGUCUGCACCGAGAACAACAAUGCGAUAGCUUUGGUGGAUUCAAUUAAAUAUCAACCCAAGACCAGUUCAUCUGUUUCCAUCUCCUGAGAGGGCGCGGGGGGGGGCCUGGAGUCCUUCGCAGACGAGGUCCACCUUGGACUGGUUGACGUGGGAGGAAGUGUUAAAGACCUGGCCGGGAAAUGUCUAAUUCAUAGCAGCUGUUGGUGACACGUCUUACGUUGAACUUGCAGUGCUCUUCCCCUGCCUGAUGCAGAAGUACAGCGUGUUGCACUCUUUUCCCUCGUAGGAGGAGGAGCUCACAUGAAGUGGUCAGUUAAUGGCGUGUGAUCAUGUUGCCCUGUGGUGCCUUAGCAAAUCAAUUGGGUUUCAAUAUAGUUCUGUUAACGUUAACAAAUCCCACGAAAAGACAAACUAACUGUGUAUCCCCCCCCCCCCAUAGCCCAAGCUCACUGAACACAACGGAAGACGUAACUUCAUUUCUGACAACAACAAAAAUCAGAAAUUAUUUUUAAACUGACAUUUCUAAUAGAAGUUUGGCAGUGUAGGUUUCAGCAGAAGUUGCUGAAAGGUGGUAAAUGGUGUGUGUGUGUGUGUGUGUGUGUGUGUGUGUGUGUGUGUUGGAUUUCCAGCUGUGCAUUAAUACACUUUUGGUGUAGUAGUGAGUCUUUUGUACCACUAUAUGAGAACUAUAGGAAAGAAGUAAGAUACAUUCAUUCAGUUUUUUUUGCGUUUUCAUGGGUUGUUCACAAUAAGAAACAUGUAUUCUUUGACCAGACUUGUCCUUAAUUUGGAGUCGACAUUCUUAUCAGAAGAAAUAGCCCCUAAGUGGUAAUAAUGUCAUUGAACUCUGAUUGUACAACGUUUGCGUUAAUUGGGAUUAAUGCAAAGCAAGCAGCACAGACGCAGUGUGUCUGAUGACCAAAUCAGUCUCACAAAAGGUGAACACGUGUCUCAAACACGGGCGGAAUUCAGAUUGUUUCCUUCAGUCAGUCUUAUUUACACCACAAAUAAAGAACUCAUUUUGUGCCACAUCAGUUUAUUUGUAGGCAAAUAAUUUAUUGUGCCUUUUGGAUACAUUUAGGUUUUGAAACUAGAAAUAUUUUGCCAAAAGCAUAUAUAUAUAUAUAAAAAUGAUCCAAAUUCAUAUUUGGGCACAGCCAGUAGUACCGAGGUGUAUUUAUUUAUUGUGUCAUCCCACUUCAGUAUGUUUUUCAUACAUCUGUUUCAUUCAGUCUUCGGGACACAGAAACCACAAUAAACCAACUUUAUGAACCAGCUCUGUAUUUUUGUAAUUGCUAUUUUAACCUAUUAAUGAGCUCAACUAGUUUCCUACUGUCAGUUUGUACAUAUUGUAGAUCAUUACUGCAGAACAUUGAAACUGACUUUUUUUUUAAAGAAAAUCUAUUUUUUAUUGAUCUUGUAAAAAAAAAAAAAAAGAAAGAAAAGAAGACAGACAAAAAACUAGAUUGUAUUUCGGCUGUGUUCUCCUCUCCUUCCAAUCUAUUUCAGAGUUGAUGGUUUUAAGUUAAAUGCAUUUUAAACAAAAGCGGGGAAGGUGUAACAUUUCCGUCCUGAUUACUUUUGCCCCUAUUUAAUUUUGUACUGAGGUUCAACAUGUAAUUGUAUGAGACCACAGUGUGACACUUGCUUUAUGUUUAUUUAUUUUUAGCAUCAUAGGCAGUAUUAUGUCACCACUUUGCCAUUGUAUUUUUUCUAAUAAAGACUGAAGUAAAUGA